GUAAGGGCCAAAGGAAGUUUACACUCCUUUUUAGUUAGAUGUAUCGCAAACUGGGGGUUAGCCUACGUCGGCACGCCACAGGCGAAUAACAUUUUGUUGUCCUAUCUUGAGUCCAGUUUAAUCGAAACUAGACAGUUGGCAAUUUAGCAUCACGUUUCAGCUUUCGGGUUAGGGACGACUCCAACAAGGUACUGUGGGUCUCAAACAUAGACCCGGAGUUGUAGACGCCCGCCUAUAGGUAAGAAAUCCGGAUAUGGUAUCUCGGAGUUACAGAUAGCAGAUGAAAAGUCCGAAUCUGGUGGCUCGGAGUUGCAGUCACCCAUCUCAUCUAACGAAUUUCGAGGUGUAAUUGUGGGCUUAAAAAUAAUAUCAGAUGCUAUGGACAGGUAUGAUCAACCGUGCUUAUGUCGGGGUUACGGCUAUCAAGAGCCGCCCGUGGUUCAUCCUUAUGAACUCGCUCUUGGUCAGACGGCAAGCUGGAUGUUCCAAUUAACGAUUGGGUAACAAAGGCCAACAGGGCGCUGGGCCGAGCUCUUAGACGGACUAUUACUUGCUGGUGGUCGUGAAGUGAGUCCAGCACGAUGUCCGCAAUGGGGAGGAAGCUCCGAUUGCACAGGAGAACGAGGGAAAGUCGGACACAUGUUGCUGCGGAUAUGCGGCAUCUGACAUUUUGGUUCUGAGGCCAAAGUUGGCCUUGCAUAUCAGUAGCAUAAAAGAGACACAUAGCAGCGCAGGAGAUUCAGGGAAGUUAAUAAACAGUUUACAAAACACUGAAACAUUCAACUCAACAAAGAAACUGAAGCGACAAUGCCUUCAGAAACACAGAAGACCACUGUCGAUGGCACGAUGGUGCGACUCAAUGACAUUUCAAAAGUAUCAAGCGUUGAAGAGCUCUUGAGGCGUGAGAAAGAGCAUAUGGCGGCGGCGUUUCGGAUAUUCGCAAAGAUGGGGUUUGCAGAUGGUGCAAGUGGUCAUAUCAGCCUUCGAGAUCCUACCGAUCCAGAAACGUUUUGGAUCAAUCCAUACGCAGUUCACUUCGGUGCGAUUAACGUUUCUGAUCUUAUACAUGUCGAUGAGGACGGGAACUGCUUGUCUGAGACAUCACACAAAGUCAACACAGCCGGCUUUGUCAUUCAUUCGGAGAUUCACAAGGCUCGACCUGAUAUAAAUGCAGCAUGCCACUGUCAUAGCCCCUAUGGUAGGGCAUGGUCGACUUUCGGAAAGCCACUAGAAAUGCUGAAUCAAGACUCCUGUAUGUUUUACGACAGUCUUGCCAUAUAUGAAGGAUUCGCUGGUCCAGUCCUUGCUGCAGAUGAAGGCAAGAGACUUGCAGAUGCCCUAGGCCCAACCAAGAAGAACAUUAUCUUACAGAAUCAUGGCGUCCUGACUGCUGGAGGUACUGUUGCCGAGGCGGCUGCCUUUUUCAUUGCACUGGAACGUGCCUGCCACACACAACUUGUCACGGAUGCUGCUGCGGCAAGUGGAAUACAGAAGAGGUACGUGUCCGACGAAGCUGCAAAAUAUACAAGCAAGACUACAAGUAAUUCGGAGGUCAUGUACGCACAAUUCUGGCCGGAGUAUAAUCUACUCCUGAAAGAGACCGGAGGGGACUUUUUAAAAUAAAUAUUACUCAAUGAAUGUAUUAAGAACUAUAAGACAGUGUGUAUGUAGGCUGUCGAAAUAAACUUUAAGAUUAGG